CAUCUUGAAAGAAGUCACUAGUGUCUAUAAACGCGUUCAAGCUCCUUUUAUUUGUCGACAUGUUGUACCUAGAAGAUUAUCUGGAGAUGAUCGAGCAGCUUCCCAUGGAUCUCCGCGACAGGUUUACGGAAAUGAGAGAGAUGGACCUGCAGGUCCAAAAUGCCACGGACCAACUGGAGCAGAAGGUCACGGACUUCUUUGUCAACGCCAAGAAGAACAAACCAGAGUGGCGAGAGGAGCAGAUGGAGGUCAUCAAGAAGGAUUAUUACAAAGCUCUGGAAGACGCAGAUGAGAAAGUGCAACUGGCCAAUCAGAUUUACGAUCUGGUGGACCGGCACCUGCGCAAGCUGGAUCAGGAGUUGGCCAAGUUCAAAAUGGAGUUGGAGGCCGACAACGCCGGCAUCACCGAGAUCCUGGAGAGACGUGAGUGAGCCCGCCGCUCCGCCCGCCUGUCACAUUGGGCACGCUCGUCCCACAGGCUCUCUGGAGAUGGACGGCCCGUCUCAGCCCGUCAACAACCACCACGUCCACUCUCACGCUGUCGUCGAAAAGCGGAGGUACAGCGCUUCGGCGCACCACACGACGGAACACGUGCCGGAAAAGAAGUUCAAGUCGGAAGCUUUGCUGUCCACGUUGACGUCGGACGCCUGCAAGGAGAACGUGCCUGGUUGCCGUAGCAACAGCAUGACUUCAUCCUCCUCGUCCACCGCCAACAGCAUCUAUGGAGUCAGUUCUUCCCAACCUUUGACCUCCUACGGCCUGAGCUCCCUGCCCGCCGGACCCGCCGCCGGAGCCGGCGCCAUCAGCAUGGCUGCCGCGCAGGCCGUGCAGGCCACCGCUCAGAUGAAGGAGGGUCGGCGGACGUCCAGCUUGAAGGCCAGCUACGAGGCCAUCAAGAACAACGACUUCCAGCUGAGCCGAGACUUCUCACUGUCCCGCGAGGCUUCUCCGUAUCCGUCUUCCGCGCUGGCGUCCACCCUGACGCAGACGCUGGCUCCGACCGCCGUCGCCUCGGAUACUCGAGGCCGCAAGUCCAAAAGCGGCGUGAAGUCUUCCAACCAUCAGUCGUCUUCGUCCUCGUCCUCGUCGUCGCUGUCAUCGUGCUCGUCGUCGUCCGCGUUGGCUCAGGAACUUUCCCAGCAGGCGUCGGUGCUACCCGAGGCUGAGGCCGGCGGCCAAGUGGACUGGACCUACGACCCCAACGAGCCGCGCUAUUGCAUCUGCAACCAGGUGUCCUACGGGGAGAUGGUGGGCUGCGACAACACAGACGUAAGUAACGGGGGCCCGCUUGCUCUGCAAAGCAAAGGAAGAAUUCGGUUCCCGGCUCGUGCGCGUGACGUUUGUCUGUGUGUGUGUGCGCAUGCUGCGUUGCGUCUUGCAGUGUCCCAUCGAGUGGUUCCACUACGGCUGCGUGGGUCUGAGCGAAGCCCCCAAAGGGAAGUGGUACUGUCCUCAGUGCACGGCCGCCAUGAAACGACGCGGAAGCAGACACAAGUAGACGGCGCUGCUGCUCCGCGCCAUGCCAUGCCACGCCAUGCCACGCCGCUGCUCUGCGCCACGCUGCCGCUGCUCCACUUGUGUUUUUAACAACAGUAAACUUUUCUUCUCAGCAAAACACACA